CACGCAUUUCUGCAUUUUUCCAAGCGUCCACCGAUCGUGGACGGAGCGCGCGAUCUGAAGGCGAUCUGAUGCGUAAAAACCAUCCGUCAAACUUUCUGUAACAAUUCCGCCUCGCGUGCUGACAGACUGCAGCAGAGCUUUUUUAUUUUUUUUUUUUACACGCUUUUAAGCAAAUAGCGUUUUUUAAUAGCGUUUAUCUGCGUGUCGAAGCCUGCUGUAACGUUAGUUGUUAGAGCUGGGCUGUAGCAGCAGUGGACACUUUUCAUACAGCUGGGCUGCUGCUGCUGGGGUUUUUUCACAGGGAGAAGAAAACAGCUGCAGCGGGAGGAGGACGCUGGAGCAGCCCGAGUAGAGGAACCUGCAGGCGGGCAACGGCUCCUCACACCGAGCAGCGCGGCUGAAUCAUGGGCUGCACGCUCAGCGCGGAGGAUAAAGCGGCGGUGGAGAGGAGUAAAGCGAUUGAUCGAAAUCUGCGCGAGGACGGAGAGAAAGCGUCUCGAGAAGUAAAGCUGCUGUUACUCGGUGCCGGUGAAUCGGGGAAAAGUACAAUAGUUAAGCAGAUGAAGAUCAUCCAUGAAGAUGGCUACUCAGAAGAAGAGUGCAAGCAGUACAAAGUGGUGGUGUAUAGCAACACUAUCCAGUCCAUCAUCGCCAUCAUCAGGGCUAUGGGCCGUUUAAAGAUCGACUUUGGUGACCCUGCGAGAGCAGACGAUGCUCGUCAGUUGUUUGUGCUUGCCGGGACGGCAGAGGAAGGGGUCAUGACCCCCGAGCUGGCGGGGGUCAUCCGCAGGCUUUGGAAGGAUGGGGGAGUCCAGAGCUGCUUCGCCAGGUCCAGAGAAUACCAGCUCAACGACUCUGCUGCCUAUUAUCUGAAUGAUCUGGAGAGGAUAUCCCAGCAGGUCUACAUGCCCACGCAGCAAGAUGUUCUGAGGACUCGAGUCAAGACUACUGGCAUCGUAGAGACGCACUUUACCUUCAAAGAGCUCUAUUUCAAGAUGUUCGAUGUAGGUGGUCAGCGAUCUGAAAGGAAGAAGUGGAUUCACUGUUUUGAGGGGGUUACGGCCAUCAUUUUCUGUGUGGCGUUGAGUGACUAUGAUCUGGUGCUGGCAGAAGAUGAGGAGAUGAACCGGAUGCAUGAGAGCAUGAAGCUUUUUGACAGCAUUUGUAACAACAAGUGGUUUACAGACACCUCCAUCAUCCUCUUCCUCAAUAAGAAGGACCUGUUUGAGGAUAAGAUAAAGAGAAGUCCUCUCACUAUCUGCUACCCUGAGUAUUCUGGUUCCAACACGUACGAGGAGGCAGCGGCUUACAUCCAGUGCCAGUUUGAGGAUCUGAACAGGCGGAAGGACACAAAGGAGAUCUACACCCACUUUACCUGCGCCACGGACACCAAGAACGUGCAGUUCGUCUUUGAUGCCGUCACUGAUGUCAUCAUCAAGAACAACCUAAUCGAGUGUGGACUCUACUGAAACGUCGGGUUUCAGUGACAAGUAACUGAACAGAGUGGGACUAAUGGAAGCAUGCCUGACUGGAUGGAUCUCACUGGUGCUGCCUGUAGUGGAGGACUCCAGUCAAUGGGGAAUGAUGACUAGAUACAGACUGCUGCUCUCAUGCUGUGUUGCUCAUCAUAGUUCUGACUGUGCAUUUCAGAGAGACUCUCCUCAACACUCAGCUUUCAGCAGUCCUGUCCGUUUCCUUUCUUUUACUCCCAAAUGCAAAGCAGUGAGACGUCAAGAAGGAUGAAUGUUUUAUUUUUUGUUUUUUUUCUGUCCGUGUUUUAAGUACAGCGCCGGUUCACUCCGGCCGUGGAGUUUCCUCUGGGUGUUACAGUAUAUGAAGUAGUUCUCUAUGCACACAUUUACUAAAAUCCAAUGAACAGAUGAUAUCCACUUAUAUUGUGUUAAGACUGUUACAGUUCUGGAAUCACUUUUUUUUUUUUUUUUUUU